CUUGUGUCUGUUACUCUUACUACAUCUUCAGUAAUGGCGGAAUUCGAGAGUUUUAAAAAAAGGAGCGGUACAACAGAUAAAGGCAAAGAUUAUGAGGAUGCGGUUCUCGCCAGUGUUGUUCUACAACUAGUAAAUGACCCAGCUAUCGAAACAUUUCAUAUAUCAUCAAACGACGAAGAAUAUGGCGCAUUUGAUGAUGUAGUUAUUAAAUUUAUGUCAUCUACAGAAAAAGUAGAACGAAUAAAAGCAGUUCAGUUGAAGCACUCAGAGAAGAAGAUACUGAUCACACAAUACUUGGGUGCAAAAAAGGGAGAUUUCAGCAUAAACAAAUAUUUCCAAAGUUUUCAGAAAAUAAAGAAAGACGUUGAUGAAUUUAUAUUGUUUACCAACAGAUCGUUCAAGUGUCAAAACAAUGCACAAUUUAAACUAGAAGUAGAAGGAUUUUUUAUUAAACCCGUUAAAGCAAACACCACUUCAGAACUUACAGAGAACAUAAAUAAUGUGUAUCAGUUUGAAAUAAUAGAAAAAAGUUGGAAUACAGAAAUGCGUCUAAAAAUUCGAGAAUAUCAGAGAUUUUUUAGUAAAUUUUAUUUAUAUACCGAUCAAGAAAAUGUUGAAAACCUAGAAAAAAUUGUAGCUGAAAAAUUCACCACAAGAUAUUCUUGUAGUGAAGAAAUGUUCGACAGAUUCCUCAAAAGAAUACAUGAUUGGAACAUGCAAGAAGACACAAAAGAAAAGCUGAACAAAAAGUGGAUUCAACGUUUAAUUGCACUGCAGCUUCUGUCCCUUCAAAUCGAGCCUUUAUCAUUUGCUUCGUUAGUUAGUGAUAAAAUGAAAAUACUUCGAGAAGCCAUUUCCUUAUUCAGCAUUACACUAUUUGAAAAAAAAUCGUGCGAAGCAAUUAAACAACUGUGGGGUGAUAUUGCAACAGAGAAAAGUAUUGAUUUGAAAGAAUUAAAUGAAGUAAAAAGCAGGUAUCUGCCUAAUCUCAGAUGUGAUGAUAUCGGCAACAAAGACCCAAAAGCAUUUACUCAGUUGCUAUGGUUGAUGGAUAGAUGUCCAUUAAUAGUAUGUGAAUGUGAAUACGCUGAAAAAGCCAUUCAACUAUGCCCCGACAAAAAAUUUAUCUUGGUUGGUGAAAGUAAAAAUAAGGAGUGGAUGAAGAAGUAUUCCUUGUUCCAAUAUUUAUCUGACGUGAAACCUGACGUUCGCGACAAGAUUAUGCAGAAUUUUACUAUAUCGGUCCAAGGGAAGGAAGAACUUAAUCUUAUGACCGCUUUUGAAGAUAACGGGGAAUUUUUAGAAAAUGUUAGCACUGACAAUUUAGUCGAGAUGCUAAACGGUACAUGUCAUGUAGGCGGAGAAAGAGAAAUACUCCCUGAACCUUAUAUCGAACGCUAUCUCUCGCCAAGUGUUGUAAAGAUUACCUAUUUAGAAAAAGUCCACGAAAAUACAAUUAUUGUUUUGAACUGUGCGAAUAACUUUGAUAAAGCAAAAGAUAUACUCAACAAAUGUAAAUUAAUUGACAUUGAUAACCUUUUGCUUGAAAAAAAUCUAUCAAAUAAUGAAGUUCCCAUGGAAAAAUGUAUUAAACCUAAUCCAUAUAGACGUACAGGUAACUUUAGUAAUAAAUCGAACGUUGGUAAUACAAAUUUCGUAGGUGACAAAAAAAAAAAUCCUUCUUAUGAAUUCACUCUAGGUGAUAACAAAAAUAAAUUUAAUUUUGUUAAAUCAAAGUUUGCUAAAACGAUUUUCGUAGGCAACCGGCAUUAUAACGAUUCUGAACUUCAAGAAAUUUACAACGUAAACAAAGAUACAAAACAAUUUCACUAUUUUCAACUUUUGCCUGACGGAAAUUUAGAAUGGAUUAAAAGCGAAGGUGUUGUAAGCGAUCUAGAGGGUUAUAAGUUGACUAAUAAUAAAUAUUGUACGGAAGAAAAUACGCUAUGGUCUUCUCGGUUAUCUAACUUUAAUCUAAUAACGGGUGAACCUGGAAUGGGCAAAUCCGAGCUAAUGAAAAGUUUCAAAAAUAAAUGUUCGCCGAAAUACUGGACAGUUAUAAUUAGUCCUCAAGAUGUUAAUCUAUUUUUUCACAAUUCUGAUUUCCCUAAAACGGCAAAUUAUACAGACUUAUUUGAAAAAUUUAUCGCGAACGAAAAAUAUCGAUCGCUCAGUAAACUCGAUCGAGACUUUUUCGAAAUGUGUAUAAAGAGAAACAACGUUAUCUACGUGUGGGAUGCACUCGACGAAAUUCUAAGCCAACAUUUUGAUAUCGCUUUAAAUAUAAUCCUCGAUUUCUCAAAAAAAUAUAUCCGUCAGUGGGUUACUAGCAGACCACAUUUAAAAAUAUCUCUGGAAAAAAAAUUCAAUUUGCCGUCACUUAGUAUAAACCAGUUUAGCGAAGAAGAACAACAACAGUACAUUAAAAAACGUCUAAAAUCUUUCAUUUCUGUAGAAAAAAUUGACAUCACGCUCGAAAAAAUCAAAUCGUCGUUUGCCCUUGUUGAACAUGUAGACAUACUGGGUAUCCCACUUCAAAUAUUCAUGCUUACCGAACUAUUCCGUGAAGAUAGUGAAAAAUAUUUGAAACUAAUGAACAACAUUUUCCUCUUGACUGAUCUGUACGAUUAUUUUAUUGAUGGAAAAUUUAAUAACUUUUACAAAGACAAAAUCGGAUUUGAUUUUCAAAAUCCCCAAAUAGAAAAUAUAGUUCGUGGAGAAAAACGAAAGGCUUUAGAUUUAUAUCAAAAUGUGGCCUUUAAAGUAAUAUUUCCAGAAGAAAUUUUGCAUCGAUUAAAUAUUGAAUACGGACAACGUAUAGAACAAAUUUUGGAAAGCUAUGCAGGUCUCGGUCUUGUAAAUGAAUUCCAUAAUAAUGUUCCUCAUUUCCUUCAUUGUUCUUUCGCAGAAUAUUUAGUUGCUACAUAUUUUUUAAAAAACAUUAAUAGUGUUAAAGGCUUAGUUGCGGACACACUGUUCGACGCAAAGUUUAAUAACGUUCGUUUCUUUUUUGACAUGCUGUUGGCCAAAAACUCCAAAGCUCACAUUGCCGUUUUAUACAAAGAUUAUGCGUUACUUAAAACGUAUGACGACGAAACGUUAAGACGCAAAGAUGAAGCUGGCAGAAGUGCUUUACAUCUGAUUUCGUCAUGGGGGAAAAGACAUCCGUUUGUAAAAGUGACAGGGGUAAAUGGGGACUAUAUUGUGCACGAAGACAGCAAUUUCGAUAGAAAUCCAGAAAACGAAGCAUAUUUUGAAACGAUAAUGCAUUUGCAACGUAUAAACGAGCUUGGUGAACGUGACUUAUUGCUAAAUGCGGUGCCUUUGUCUUAUGCCAGGAAAAGUGAGAGUUUAGGAGCAGAAAUACAAUUACUUCAAAAAGAAAAAAAUGAGCUGAAGAAAUUGUGCACACGCGAUGAAGUAAUAAACAUUAUAUAUUAUUCUGCUUUGCUCGGCUACGACAGCGUACACAAACUGAUCACAGUUGAAGAGUUAAAUAAAUUUUGGUGUGAAAUCAAAUUUGUUACUGCAGCAUAUGGUGAAACAUCGCUGUUGUUGGCCUGUGAAAAUGGAAAUUUAAAAAUCGUUAAAUAUUUUGUAGAAUCUGGUGUCGAGAUCGAUCGUGCUGAUAAUGGUGGUUAUACACCGAUUUAUGUAGCUUCCCAAAGCGGCCACGAAAAGGUUGUCGAAUUUUUGGCGACAGUCGGCGCCGAAAUCAAUCGUGCUGAUAACGAAGGUUAUACACCACUUGACGUAGCUUCACAAAACGGUCACGAAAAGGUUGUUGAAUGCUUGGUGAUAGUCGGCGCCGAAAUCAAUCACGACAGUAAAAACGGUACGACACCUCUUUUUCUGGCUUCCCAAAACGGCCACAAAAAAGUUGUCGAAUACUUGACGAAAGUCGGCGCCGAAAUCAAUCGCCCUACUAAUGACGGUACGACAUCACUUUCCAUAGCUUCCCAAAAUGGCCACGAUAACGUUGUCGAAUACUUGGCAACAGUCGGCGCCGAAAUCAAUCGUCCUGAUAACGAGGGUUAUACACCACUUCACGUAGCUUCCCAAGACGGUCACGAAAAAGUUGUCGAAUACUUGACGAAAAUCGGCGCUGAAAUCAAUCACGCCAAUAAAAACGGUACGACACCAAUUUUACUAGCUUCCCAAAACGGCCACCAAAAAGUUGUCGAAUACUUGACGAAAGUCGGCGCCGAAAUCAAACGCCCUAAUAACGAGGGUUAUACAGCACUUCACGUAGCUUCCCAAAACGGUCGCAAAAAAGUUGUCGAAUACUUGACGAAAAUCGGCGCCGAAAUCAAUCGCGCUACUAAUGACGGUACGACAUCACUUUCCAUGGCUUCCCAAAAUGGACACGAUAACGUUGUCGAAUACUUGGCAACAGUCGGCGCCGAAAUCAAUCGUCCUGAUAACGAGGGUUAUACACCACUUGACAUAGCUUCCCAAAACGGCCACAAAAAGGUUGUCGAAUACUUGGUUACCGUCGGUGCCGAAAUCAAUCACGCCAAUAAAAACGGUACGACACCACUUUUUCUAGCUUCCCAAAACGGCCACGAAAAAAUUGUCGAAUACUUGACGAAAGUCGGCGCCGAAAUCAAUAGCGCUACUAAUGACGGCACGACAUCACUUUCCAUAGCUUCCCACAAUGGUCACGAAAAAGUUGUCGAAUACUUGGUGACGGUCGGCGCUGAAAUCAAUAGUGCUAAUAGCCAUGGUUAUACACCACUUCACGCAGCUUCCGUCAACGGCUAUGAAAAAGUUGUCGAAUACUUGACGAAAGUCGGUGCCGAAAUCAAUCGCGCUGCUAAUGACGGUACGACAUCACUUUCCAUAGCUUCCCAAAAUGGCCACGAAAAGAUUGUCGAAUACUUGGCUACAGUCGGCGCCGAAAUCAAUCGUCCUGAUAACGAGGGUUAUAGACCACUUGACGUAGCUUCCCAAAACGGUCACGUAAAGGUUGUCGAAUACUUGGUGACAGUUGGUGCCGAAAUCAAUCGUCCUGAUAACGAGGGUUAUACACCACUUGACGUAGCUUCCCAAAACGGUCACAAAAAGGUUGUCGAAUACUUGGUUACCGUCGGUGCCGAAAUCAAUCACGCCAAUAAAAACGGUACGACACCACUUUUUCUAGCUUCCCAAAACGGCCACGAAAAAGUUGUCGAAUACUUGACGAAAGUCGGCGCCGAAAUCAAUAGCGCUACUAACGACGGCACGACAUCACUUUCCAUAGCUUCCCACAAUGGUCACGAAAAAGUUGUCGAAUACUUGGUGACGGUCGGCGCUGAAAUCAAUAGUGCUAAUAGCCAUGGUUAUACACCACUUCACGCAGCUUCCGUCAACGGCUAUGAAAAAGUUGUCGAAUACUUGACGAAAGUCGGUGCCGAAAUCAAUCGCGCUGCUAAUGACGGUACGACAUCACUUUCCAUAGCUUCCCAAAAUGGCCACGAAAAGAUUGUCGAAUACUUGGCUACAGUCGGCGCCGAAAUCAAUCGUCCUGAUAACGAGGGUUAUACACCACUUGACGUAGCUUCCCAAAACGGUCACGUAAAGGUUGUCGAAUACUUGGUGACAGUUGGUGCCGAAAUCAAUCGUCCUGAUAACGAGGGUUAUACACCACUUGACGUAGCUUCCCAAAACGGUCACAAAAAGGUUGUCGAAUACUUGGUUACCGUCGGUGCCGAAAUCAAUCACGCCAAUAAAAACGGUACGACACCACUUUUUCUAGCUUCCCAAAACGGCCACGAAAAAGUUGUCGAAUACUUGACGAAAGUCGGCGCCGAAAUCAAUAGCGCUACUAACGACGGCACGACAUCACUUUCCAUAGCUUCCCACAAUGGUCACGAAAAAGUUGUCGAAUACUUGGUGACGGUCGGCGCUGAAAUCAAUAGUGCUAAUAGCCAUGGUUAUACACCACUUCACGCAGCUUCCGUCAACGGCUAUGAAAAAGUUGUCGAAUACUUGACGAAAGUCGGUGCCGAAAUCAAUCGCGCUGCUAAUGACGGUACGACAUCACUUUCCAUAGCUUCCCAAAAUGGCCACGAAAAGAUUGUCGAAUACUUGGCUACAGUCGGCGCCGAAAUCAAUCGUCCUGAUAACGAGGGUUAUACACCACUUGACGUAGCUUCCCAAAACGGUCACGUAAAGGUUGUCGAAUACUUGGUGACAGUUGGUGCCGAAAUCAAUCGUCCUGAUAACGAGGGUUAUACACCACUUGACGUAGCUUCCCAAAACGGUCACAAAAAGGUUGUCGAAUACUUGGUUACCGUCGGUGCCGAAAUCAAUCACGCCAAUAAAAACGGUACGACACCACUUUUUCUAGCUUCCCAAAACGGCCACGAAAAAGUUGUUGAAUACUUGACGAAAAUCGGCGCCGAAAUCAAUCGCGCUACUAAUGACGGUACGACAUCACUUUCCAUAGCUUCCCAAAAUGGCCACGAAAAGAUUGUCGAAUACUUGGCUACAGUCGGCGCCGAAAUCAAUCGUCCUGAUAACGAGGGUUAUACACCACUUGACGUAGCUUCCCAAAACGGUCACGUAAAGGUUGUCGAAUACUUGGUGACAGUUGGUGCCGAAAUCAAUCGUCCUGAUAACGAGGGUUAUACACCACUUGACGUAGCUUCCCAAAACGGUCACAAAAAGGUUGUCGAAUACUUGAUUACCGUCGGUGCCGAAAUCAAUCACGCCAAUAAAAACGGUACGAUACCACUUUUUAUAGCUUCCCAAAACGGCCACGAAAAAGUUGUCGAAUACUUGACGAAAAUCGGCGCCGAAAUCAAUCGCGCUACUAAUGACGGUACGACAUCACUUUCCAUAGCUUCCCAAAAUGGCCACGAAAAGAUUGUCGAAUACUUGGCUACACUCGGCGCCGAAAUCAAUCGUCCUGAUAACGAGGGUUAUACACCACUUGACGUAGCUUCCCAAAACGGCCACAAAAAGGUUGUCGAAUACUUGGUUACCGUCGGUGCCGAAAUCAAUCACGCCAAUAAAAACGGUACGACACCACUUUUUAUAGCUUCCCAAAACGGCCACGAAAAAGUUGUCGAAUACUUGACGAAAGUCAGCGCCGAAAUCAAUCGCCCUAAUAACGAGGGUUAUACAGCACUUCACGUGGCUUCCCAAAACGGUCGCAAAAAAGUUGUCGAAUACUUGACGAAAAUCGGGGCCGAAAUCAAUCGCGCUUCUAAUGACGGUACGACAUCACUUUCCAUAGCUUCCCAAAAUGGCCACGAAAAGGUUGUCGAAUACUUGGCUACAGUGGGCGCUGAAAUCAAUCGUGCUGAUAACGAGGGUUAUACACCACUUCACGUGGCUUCUCAAGACGGUCACGAAAAAGUUGUCGAAUAUUUGACGAAAGUCGGCGCCGAAAUCAAUCGCGCUACUAAUGACGGCACGACAUCACUUUCCAUAGCUUCCCACAGUGGUCACGAAAAAGUUGUCGAAUACUUGGUGACAGUCGGCGCUGAAAUCAAUUGUGCUAAUAGACAUGGUUAUACACCACUUCACGCAGCUUCCGUCAACGGCUAUGAAAAAGUUGUCGAAUACUUGACGAAAGUCGGCGCCGAAAUCAAUCGCCCUACUAAUGACGGUACGACAUCACUUUCCAUAGCUUCCCAAAAUGGCCACGAUAACGUUGUCGAAUACUUGGCAACAGUCGGCGCCGAAAUCAAUCGUCCUGAUAACGAGGGUUAUACACCACUUGAGGUAGCUUCCCAAAACGGUCACAAAAAGGUUGUCGAAUACUUGGUUACCGUCGGUGCCGAAAUCAAUCACGCCAAUAAAAACGGUACGACACCACUUUUUCUAGCUUCCCAAAACGGCCACGAAAAAGUUGUCGAAUACUUGACGAAAAUCGGCGCCGAAAUCAAUCGCGCUACUAAUGACGGUACGACAUCACUUUCCAUAGCUUCCCAAAAUGGCCACGAAAAGAUUGUCGAAUACUUGGCUACAGUCGGCGCCGAAAUCAAUCGUCCUGAUAACGAGGGUUAUACACCACUUCACGUCGCUUCCCAAAACGGUCGCAGAAAAGUUGUCGAAUACUUGACGAAAAUCGGCGUCGAAAUCAAUCGCGCUACUAAUGACGGUACGACAUCGCUUUCCAUAGCUUCCCAAAAUGGACACGAUUACGUUGUCGAAUACUUGGCAACAGUCGGCGCCGAAAUCAAUCGUCCUGAUAACGAGGGUUAUACACCACUUGACGUAGCUUCCCAAAACGGUCACAAAAAGGUUGUCGAAUACUUGGUUACCGUCGGUGCCGAAAUCAAUCACGCCAAUAAAAAUGGUACGACACCACUUUUUAUAGCUUCCCAAAACGGCCACGAAAAAGUUGUAGAAUACUUGACGAAAGUCAGCGCCGAAAUCAAUCGCCCUAAUAACGAGGGUUAUACAGCACUUCACGUGGCUUCCCAAAACGGUCGCAAAAAAGUUGUCGAAUACUUGACGAAAAUCGGGGCCGAAAUCAAUCGCGCUUCUAAUGACGGUACGACAUCACUUUCCAUAGCUUCCCAAAAUGGCCACGAAAAGGUUGUCGAAUACUUGGCUACAGUGGGCGCUGAAAUCAAUCGUGCUGAUAACGAGGGUUAUACACCACUUCACGUGGCUUCUCAAGACGGUCACGAAAAAGUUGUCGAAUAUUUGACGAAAGUCGGCGCCGAAAUCAAUCGCGCUACUAAUGACGGCACGACAUCACUUUCCAUAGCUUCCCACAAUGGUCACGAAAAAGUUGUCGAAUACUUGGUGACAGUCGGCGCUGAAAUCAAUUGUGCUAAUAGACAUGGUUAUACACCACUUCACGCAGCUUCCGUCAACGGCCACGAAAAAGUUGUCGAAUACUUGACGAAAGUCGGCGCCGAAAUCAAUCGCCCUAAUCACGAGGGUUAUACAGCACUUCAUGUGGCUUCCCGGAACGGUCACGGAAAAGUUGUCGAAUGCUUGGCGACAGUCCGCGCUGAAAUCAAUUGUGCUAAUAGCGAGGGUUAUACACCACUUCACGCAGCUUCCCAAAAUGGACACGAAAAGGUUGUGGAAUACUUGGCAACAGUCGGCGCCGAAAUCAAUCGUCCUGAUAACGAGGGUUAUACACCACUUGACGUAGCUUCCCAGAACGGUCACGAGAAGGUUGUCGAAUACUUAGUGACAGUCGGUGCCGAAAUCAAUUACGCCAAUAAAAACGGUACGACACCACUUAUUCUAGCUUCCCAAAACGGCCAUGAAAAGGUUGUUGCAUACUUGACGACAGUCGGCGUCGAAAUCAAUCGUGCUGAUAACGAUGGUUAUACACCACUUGACGUAGCUUCGUUCAACGGUCACGAAAAGGUUGUCGAAUGCUUGGUGACAGUCGGGGCUGAAAUUAAUCACGCCAAUAAAAACGAUACCACACCACUUUUCCUAGCUUCCCAAAACGGCCAAGAAAAAGUUAUCGAAUACUUGGCGAAAGUUGGCGCCGAAAUCAAUUACGCCAAUAAAAACGGUACGACACCACUUUUUCUAGCUUCCCAAAACGGCCACGAAAAGGUUGUUGAAUUUUUGGCGACAGUCGGCGCCGAAAUCAAUCGUGCGGAUAACGAAGGUUAUACACCACUUGACGUAGCUUCCUUCAACGGUCACGAAAAGGUUGUCGAAUGCUUGGUGACAGUCGGCGCCGAAAUCAAUCAUGCCAAUAAAAACGGUACCACACCACUUUCCAUAGCUUCCCAAAAUGGCCACGAAAAGGUUGUUGAAUACUUGGCGACAGUCGGCGCUGAAAUCAAUUGCGCUAAUAGCGAUGGUUAUACACCACUUCACGUAGCUUCCAUCAACGGCUAUGAAAUAGUUGUCAAAUACUUAACGAAAGUCUGCGCCGAAAUCAAUCGCGCUUCUAAUGACGGUGCGACAUCGCUUCAUAUGGCUUCUCAAAAUGGACACGAAAAAGUUGUCAAAUACUUGGUGACAGUUGGCGCUGAAAUCAAUCGUGCUGAUAACGAGGGUUAUACACCACUUCACAUAGCUUCCCAAGAAGGUCACGAAAAGGUUGUCGAAUAUUUGACGAAAGUCGGCGCCGAAAUCAAUCGCGCUACUAAUGACGGUACGGCAUCACUUUCCAUAGCUUCCCAAAAUGGUCACGAAAAGAUUGUCGAAUACUUGGCGACAGUCGGCGCUGAAAUCAACCGUGCUGAUAACGAGGGUAAUACACCACUUCACCUAGCUUCCCAAGAAGGUCACGAAAAGGUUGUCGAAAAUUUGGUGACAGUCGGCGCCAAAAUCAAUUGCGCUAAUAAAAACGGUGCGACACCACUUUACAGUGCUUCUCAAAACGGCCACGAAAAGAUUGUCGAAUACUUGGCGACAGUUGGUGCCGAAAUCAAUUGCGCUACUAAUGACGGCAGAACACCACUUUACGUAGCUUCCCAAGAAGGUCACGAAAAGGUUGUCGAAUACUUGGUGACAAUUGGUGCCGAAAUCAAUCGUGCUGAUAACGAGGGUUAUACACCACUUCAUGUAGCUUCCCAGGAAGGUAAUGAAAAGAUUGUCGAAUACUUGGUGACAGUCGGUGCCGAAAUCAAUCACGUUAAUAAAUACGGUGCGACACCACUUUAUAUAGCUCGCCACAACGGCCACGAAAAAGUUGUUGAUUAUUUGGCGACGGUCGAUGCCGAGAUAAAUCGUGCUGAGAAUGAGGGUUGCAGCUUACCAAAACGGCCACAUAGAUGUCGAAGCCCCCCAAAGUAAGAGAUAAUUUUUAUCAUUAUUCGAAUCUUCCUACCUACAUAGACUUUAAGUGUAAAAUAAAAGUUUGUUUAUAUAUUUUUUUGUCAAUAGACAGAAAUUUGUUAGCCUUUUUUUUAAAAUCAAACUUUCCUGAAAUGAAAAAUUACAAUCGUUGGUUUAAAAAGUGAAUAAUAUUACCUAAAUUAUUGUCAAAUGUAGUUCCGUUUCGAAUGAUAAUACAGCUUGGAAUACAAAAGGAACUACCUAUUUGAUUCAAGAUUCAACUAACCACCAUUAAAGAAACAAAUUAAAACCAACAAAUUCAUUGUCAUAACCUACGUCUAGUAAAAUUUCUGCCCUUCCGCUUAAUACUCGCCAUGGAGCUUUCAUCCUUACACCUCGUUAAAAUUUUGUACAUUUCGUCCAUUGUUUAAUAAAAUCAGCAGGUGAAGUAACUUCGCUGAAUUUGUUUUGCAAUUUUUGCUUCAUAUUAACACAAUAUUUUUUUGCGGGGGAAACUACGAACAAUUGUGUGGAUCACAUUCUCAAAGAACAAAUUCUACCGAUUUUUUUUAAUUGGAAAGGGUUCAGCUUCCAACUCUGGCUUGUAGGCGUAGAUAUUUUUUCCUUAAAUUUGUGCGUUAAACUAUUAUAUUGAUUGUCCUGAACUGCCAGCAAAUGUCUAUUUUAGGGUUCCAACUCUAGAAAACACUGUCUUUUGCAUUGUAAUCCUCAACAUUUAUUCAAAGACAUCUUCUAAACAAACACACGCAAUCUCUUCUCGGUUCUCAGUUACGACAUCUAAUAAAGAUUUCUGCUUCAACUGUGUCUUGAAUACUUCCUAAUAAAGAACCAAUAGAAUUCUUCUAGCUACUUAGAACAAUUAAGAUGCUUCUCAUUAUGUUGGCUUAUAACUGGACUUAGGUCUGUUAGCCAAGAUAUCCACAAUAAUAAUAUUAUUAAUAAUAAGUAUGAUUUUCCGCAACUUGCAAAAAGUGGCAUACGACAUAAUGUAAACAAUACAGUGUAUUCAGUUUUCCAGUAAAGAUAGCGUACAGUUAACGAGGAAGUUUUGUCUAACGAACACAAUUUGUAACUUCUACGACGAGCAAUAUAUAAACUCACUGCAAAGAAAUUGUUAACGUCGAAAACCUAAUAGUGCUAGCUACUCUAAAAACCGAGUUCAAAAACAUUUUGGAACAACAUGAAUAUUAUUUGAAAUCUGCAUACAAAUAGUCUACGUUUAAAUACGAAUAAUGUAACUAUUAAAAAUAUCUUCUACCUAUAAAAUUGUUUCGUUUGAAUUUCCUUAACUGUAAAAUCGAACCAUUCCAAUACUCAUUUUUUUUUUUAAUUCUCAUACAUCACUUCAUCACCUUUGCUUUGCCUUAUAUUCUUCUUAAAAAACUCGCUGUUUUUUUAACUGCCAUUACAAAGAAAAUGUUAGAAUUGCCUGUGAGACAAAUUUAUUUUAAUUUUUUAUUUAAGUACCUAUACAAAAAGCAAAAAGUUAUCAAUGACGAUACAUUUACAAUAACAGACAAAAUAAGACUUUCUAAAGAAAGAAAAGCAGAAUUGUGUUUUCUCUAUUAAUAAAUAAACUAACCGCGAUGCAUGUACCCUUUAGUAUUGACCAGAUUUUUGCUGAAUCGAUUCUUAAGAAAACUGAGAUGAAGAAAAUGAUAACACCAUAGUUAAGAAAAGGAAAUAAUAAUUUAGAAUCCAUUCUUCCGAGACAUCUUAAAUCUCUAGUUGUAGCAGACAGUUCCACUGCACUAAAGAAAAUGUACUUUUACAAAAUCCAACACAAAUGAAGCAAAAUAUAGAAGAAACCAACCUUCCUAUACAAAACAAAUUCUCCACGAUGAAACAUCCUUUUUUUAAUUUAAUAUGCUGACUUCCUAUAAUGUCAAUAACGACAAAAGGUGUUUCGAUUUAUUUUUGAAGCAGCACAACCAGAUAUAUAUUUUUGGAAUAGCCACAACAAGUGACUGAUGAAAACUUUGAAAAGAUCACCAAAAAACUGAUCCCUCGACCAACGACCUUGCCACGUAGUUGUCUUGGUGAAGCAUAAAGUCGAUUGAAGAAGCUGUCACAGGAAUCAAAGGCAAAACAAGAGUCAAGACACUCCGCUCAGUUCUUUCUCGUAGCAAAUGAUAUAUGUUAAUAAAAGUGUUCAAUGAACAUAUAAAAUGUAUAUAUUUUUAAAUACUUUUUUGAUUUAUUUUUAUUAAAAAGAUCUUAAAAUUAUAACUAUUUUUAAUAUACGUGCAGUUUUUGAAAUUUCUGUAGCUAUUUUUUUCAUUGUAAUAAUUAUUUUUUCCUAAACUAAAAUAAAACUUUUAUCAUGUAA